UAGACACUAAACUAUCUACAAGAUGAAAUCAAACCUUAAAACAAAGAGCAAGGUGAGUGUGUGCGUUCAGUCGCAAACUGAGUAAAUGUGGCACAGUGAUCUCUCCCGAAAGUGAGUGUUGUCGAUAUUUAGUCCACUGAAGUACGACCAAAUGAAAUCAAGCAAUAGAGAAAUAUUCUUAGGCAAGGCUCUCUAUCACUAGGCAAUUUAAAAUGGACCACGACGCAUUUUAUGGAGAAGAUGAAGAAACGGAUAAGGAGUGGGACGAUUUCUCCAAGCUACUCCAACAGAGAAAAAGAAACCAAGCACAGGUUUUCUAUCCUUGCCCACCUUCUGAGGAUAAUGAUGAUUAUGUUCAAAACUUGAUGUUUGGGCGAUAUAGUAAGCAGAUCGAUGAACUAUCAAAACUGGAAACUUUGAGGAAAAUCGAGAAGAGGAGAUUGAAAGAGGAGAGAGCUAGAAACAAAGAAUUCAUGACAUAUCAAGGUAUGAUUACAAUGGCAUGGUUGACAAGCGUUAUAGGAAAGGUUUCGCAUGGAACUUGUGGUAAAAGCCGAGCUCCCGUUCGUUAUUGUACUUUACAGGCAGACUAGCGAAAGUUAUAUCAUUCUUGUGGAGGCAUACAUUUGCAAAACUUGGCGAAGAUUGGGUUUUUUUGGCAUUGCUAGGCUUCAUCAUGGCAGUCAUCAGCUUUAUUAUGGAUAGAGGAAUUUCAAUAUGCGACAAUGCAAGGCUUUGGCUUUAUAGAGACUUGGCAAUCAAUCCCGCGGCUCAGUAUACAGCUUGGGUAUCCCUUCCAGUAUGUCUGAUCCUAUUCAGUACUGGCUUUGUUCAAAUUGUUGCUCCACAGUCUAUAGGUUCCGGUAUCCCAGAAAUGAAAACCAUUCUUAGAGGAGUAGCUCUCAAGGAAUACUUGAAUUUCAGAACACUUAUGGCUAAGAUAGUAGGGUUAGCAGCUACUCUGGGUAGUGGAAUGCCGCUAGGAAAGGAAGGUCCAUUUGUCCAUAUCGCUAGCAUCUCCGCUACCUUGCUGAGCAAACUAGUCACCGGCUUCCAAGGAAUUUACGAAAAUGAAAAUCGAACGACUGAAAUGUUGGCUUCUGCCUGUGCCGUGGGAGUCGCUAGCUGUUUUGCAGCUCCAGUUGGAGGAGUAUUGUUUAGUAUAGAGGUAACAACAACCUAUUUUGCUGUUAGAAACUACUGGAGAGGGUUCUUUGCAGCAGUUUGUGGAGCAACGACAUUCAGACUGCUAGCUGUAUGGUUCCAAAGAGCAGAUACUGUCAGUGCCGUAUUUAGGACCAAUUUCUUUCUAGACUUUCCUUUUGAUCCACAGGAAUUGAUUGUUUUUGCUUUGAUGGGCGCUUUUUGUGGGUUAACUGGAGCGCUAUACGUAUGGAUGCAUCGACAAUAUGUAAUGUUUAUGAGAAACAGCAAAAUCAUCAACAUUAUUCUUAAAAGAAACCGUUUUCUUUAUCCCGCACUGGUAGCACUUCUAGUCUCAACUCUAACCUUCCCACUGGGAAGCGGAAGGUUCAUAGCUGGAGACUUGAACACCCACCGUCAAGUGUCGUCAUUAUUCAGCAACUGGACUUGGACGAACAUAAAUUUAACAGUUGCGGAAGCUGAAGAUUUGGAACACUGGACUACCGACUGGACUGGUCCUUAUGUCAGUCUUACGUGCUACAUUGUAUUCACAUUUGUGUUUUCGAUAAUAUGUUCCACCAUACCUGUGCCAAGUGGUAGCUUCAUUCCAGUCUUCAAAAUAGGAGCAGCCUUCGGAAGAAUCGUGGGAGAGUUGAUGCACAUGUGGUUUCCUACAGGUAUGCGAUAUGGCGGCACAGUAGCCCAAAUAAUCCCAGGAGGCUAUGCAACAGUGGGCGCAGCUGCUUUCAGCGGCGCCGUCACCCACACCAUUUCAGUGUCUGUGAUUGUCUUCGAAAUGACUGGACAAAUUACGCAUAUAAUCCCCAUCAUGAUUGCAGUUCUUAUUUCGAAUGCUGUUGCUAGUCUGCUAGGCCCCAGUUUGUACGAUAGCAUCAUUUUGAUCAAGAAGCUGCCUUACCUACCGGAUUUGUUGCCCAGCAGUAGCGGAAUGUACAAUGUCUUUGUCGAAAACUUUAUGCUGAGAGACGUGGAGUACAUAUUCUAUGGUAUGACUUACAACCAACUGAAACAGCUGCUAAAAGAGAACCGUCAUCUACGUACAUUUCCGCUGGUCGAUAACCCAGAGAGUAUGGUGCUCUUAGGGUCGAUUCAGAGAAUGCAGCUUAUACAGCUCAUUGAGAAACAGAUAGGGAAAGAACGACGGCUUCAGGUGGCUGCGAUAAGGCAACGGGAGGCUGAAGAAAAAGCAAGAGCCGAAGCUGUCAGAAUAGCUGAAGAAAGAAACAGGAGGAGAUCGUCGAGGUUCCAAGUAGUACCAGCUCCCGAUGCCCUUCAACGGUAUACUUCUGAAACUCAGCUUGAUCAGCAUUCCAGCUAUAAUCCAGGAUUUGGCUCACAACCGAAAAAAUCUAUUCUGAAGAAAACGAACUCUUUCACUUUGAAAGGGUUUUCACAUAUCAGUCCGGGUAGCACUCCGUAUACUACCGUCACUGGAGCAGAAAGUAGAAUCAGAUCUGCGUUUGAAGCUAUUUUUAGGAAGUCUGCCCAACUACAAGACGUUGACAAUAACAGUAAUAAUGAUAAUGACGAAGUUUUGGACAAUCCUAUAACAUCGAAAAAGGUCCAAUUGCCAAGCGAACGCGUGUGCGAUAUGAGUCCCGAAGAUCAAACCAAAUGGGAAGAGGAGCAAAUGCAGCUUCCUGUUGAUUUUUCCAGUUGUCAAAUAGACCCAGCUCCCUUCCAACUAGUCGAACGAACCUCAUUGCUAAAAGUACACUCGCUGUUCUCAUUGGUGGGUGUGAAUCAUGCUUACGUCACCGCUAUCGGAAAACUGGUUGGGGUCGUAGGGCUGACAGAGCUUAGGAAAGCUAUCGAAGAAGCGAAUAGUGGAAAUUUGAGUUUCCAGAGUGAAGUAAACAGUGGUGCUGUGAAGUUAAGCAGUACGGAUGUCAGGGAUUCCAUAGAAAAUUGUACAUCGAACGAGCAAACGAUUGAUUCAAAAUUGUAACGGAGGAUCAGUCGUCCAGAAUUUACCAGAGCCUGUGAUAUUUCUAGCAAUAUAGGUUGUUAUUUAUCAGAUUAUUACAAAGGUGUAUGUAAUGUGUAAAAAUUAAAUUGAUCAAUGUAUGAUACCCUUGAUGCUGCAUUUUUAGAUUUAGUGACAAAAUAAGAGAUGAGAAAAUUGCAUUCACCAUUAUUAUCUGAUGUUCUAGUUUUAGUAUUGCAAAAAGAGAAAUUGGCUAUGUUCAGAAAGAUAUUUCAGUCCUCAUCAUGAGAAUGAUUUGCAUUCAUACUUAUGUAAUAGUUAGGUUGUAGUUAGUCUUGAGAACCAUCAAGUAAGUUGAAUAUUAUAUUUAAAAUAUGGAUUUAUCAAUUAUACCUGUGUUAUGGCAGGAAUUCAAGAAAUUAAAGAACUCUAACUUAAUCAUCCAUUUUCUAUAAGAAUAAUCUGUUGCAAUACAUUACGCC